AUGAACGGCGAUCAUUCCAGCCGCUAUAUUCACUUUGGAUUGCGCGAGUUUCGUGGCCCGAGUGAUCACUUUCCCAUGCCAGCGAUUGAUAUUCCAGCUGUGGUAAUUGGACCAUAUGCACCGAACGGAUGGCAUAGUUUACCGGGCAAAGCUGCGUACAAGUUCUUCGGCUAUGAGACCGGGACGAUGACCGCGAAGGUGGGCGACUAUUUGGAUCGGCUGGAGAGAGGUGAGGCACAGAGAGGGGAAUUCAUGGAUCUGUAG